AUGGAGAGCAAACACUAUAGUCAAAACAUCACAGUUCAGUACUGCUUUCCUUACAUAAACUCAUCUUGCAGGAAGGAGGUGCGAACAGGCCCUGCUUAUAUAUUUCUGUUCUUUUUUCUCUCAUGUGUUUCUGUGUUCACUGUGUUUCUGAACCUGCUGGUGAUCAUCUCCAUCUCUCACUUCAAGCAGCUCCACACCCCCACCAACCUGCUCAUCCUCUCUCUGGCUGUGGCGGAUCUUCUCGUGGGAAUGUUUGUUAUGCCUGUGAAUAUCAUGCAAUUAAUAGAUUCCUGUUGGUAUCUUGGAGAAAUGGCAUGCACUGUGUCUUUAGUGGUCAGUUUUAUGUCAGCAUCAGGGUCACUCUGUAGCCUGGUUCUCAUUGCAGUUGAUCGGUACAUUGCUGUCACUGACCCUCUACUUUAUUCCAUGAAAAUCACAGUUUGUAAAACUGUGUUGUUGAUCAUAAUAGGCUGGUCAUUUGUUCUGUUUUAUAUUUUAACGUGUUUAUACUCUAAUGACCAUUUACUUUCAUCUGAAAUAUUCACUUCAUGCUAUGGAGAGUGUGUGAUCUAUGUUAAAUAUUCCUGGGUGCUUGUUGACCUUGUAGUUUGUUUUCUAGCCCCCUGCUCUGUCAUACUGGUUUUAUAUUCAAUCAUUUUUAAAGUGGCACAACGUCAAGCUAAAGCUGUUAAAGCUGUAAUGACCAGUGUAAUGACCUCAAAUAAUCAUGAAGCUCAAUCCUCAAAUGUUUCUGAAACCAAAGCAGCAAAGACAUUAAGCAUUACAAUAUUUGUUUAUCUUGCUUGUUAUAUACCUUAUUACAUAGGUUCUCUGACAGAUAGUAGCUUGACAUCUUCAUCAAUGGUGUGGACUGUUUUUAUCUGGCUAAUAAACAUUACCUCCUCUGUGAAUCCACUAAUAUAUGCCAUUUUCUACCCAUGGUUCAGAGCAUCAGUGAAGUAUGUUUUAACUUGUAAAAUAUUUGUGUAUCCAUCUUCAAGGUUGAAUUUGUUUACAAAGCAUGUUUAA